GACUUGUGAGGAAACGAAUGAAAGCAAAGUUUCUUGAUUACCACGAUCCGAACUAGAUAUCCCAAAGAAAUAUAAUAGAAAGACAGCACUACCCCUAGAUUUUUUUCUUUCUUGUUCCUUUAUAGGUUCCUCUUUGACAUUCGCACUGCGGAUAGAACACUCUCUCAUCCACAAGUAUCAACUUGGAUUCGACAAUUCGCACCGACGAUCUACAUCUACGCUUCACAAUGUACUCGCCGUCCAUCCUCAUAUUUGGGUUAACAGCUCUUCAGGCUGUCUUCGGGAUACCUAUUCCAAAACUUCCUACAUCCAGCGGAAACAUUACAGCAUACAGUAACAAUGCUCAUAUUGAGUCCCAUCUAUCGAAGCGAUCUUUAGAAUCCAAUGAAGUCAUUGAGUGCCCCCUGGGUUUUAUGCCAAGGGGCGGAAGCAGAAUCGUCACGUGUGUUUCUAUUCACCUCAAACUGGAGAAACAAGACUGAGAAGUUCAUGAGGAUUUUUAUUUGAAAAUCAAGGCAAGCGAGGAGGUUAAGAGAGAUGUUUCAAGGGUUGUGUAGAAUUCGGUUGAGGGUAGAAAUUUCUACGAUCGAAGGAUUACCGCAGACAACAGUGUGAUAGGAUUCGGAUAUACAGGAUUGCAUAGACUGGCUUGCGUGCAAUAUGGAUCUUGUGAUAUGGUUUGAAAAUAACAGCUUUUGUGGAUCUAGGGAUAAAAUUUGGGCAAGAUCUUCAUGGAUCUAUACAUGUACAGAUGGUAUCUCUAAGGAUACAUAUUUUGAGAGCUGGAAGCUGUGGCGCUCAAUAUUUUAAUUCAAAGAGGCAUCAGGAAAUGCUUGAUUUACAAAAUGGAUAUAAUGUCACAAAACAAUCCACAUGUUUGUAUUAAGAAACAAGCUCAAUAUACAAGCAAUCAAGUGAGUUCCCA